AGGCUGGGCGGGGAGGAAGCGGCGGAGGCCUGGCCGAGAAGCCGGGGGUUCAUGUAGCCAGAAGAAAAGGGGGCGGGAAGGGCUGUGGGGCUCACCUGUCAGUUCGCCACCAUGAACGUGGUUCUGGCUGUGAAGCAGUACAUUUCCAAAAUGAUAGAGGACAGCGGGCCGGGCAUGAAAGUGCUGCUCAUGGAUAAAGAGACGACUGGUAUAGUGAGUAUGGUAUACACACAAUCAGAGAUUCUUCAGAAGGAAGUGUACCUUUUUGAACGCAUUGAUUCCGCGAAUCGGGAGGUCAUGAAACACCUGAAAGCAAUUUGUUUUCUUCGACCUACGAAGGAGAAUGUGGAUUAUCUGAUUCAGGAGCUCCGAAGACCCAAAUACAGUAUAUAUUUUAUUUAUUUCAGUAAUGUGAUCAGCAAGAGUGAUGUGAAGUCAUUAGCUGAAGCCGAUGAACAGGAAGUUGUGGCUGAGGUUCAGGAAUUUUAUGGUGAUUACAUUGCUGUGAAUCCACAUUUGUUUUCCCUCAAUAUUUUGGGUUGCUGCCAGGGUCGAAAUUGGGACCCAGCCCAGCUGUCCAGAACAACUCAAGGACUGACGGCUCUCCUUUUAUCCCUGAAGAAAUGCCCUAUGAUUCGUUAUCAGCUUUCAUCAGAGGCAGCAAAGAGACUUGCCGAAUGUGUUAAGCAAGUCAUAACUAAAGAAUAUGAGCUAUUUGAGUUCCGGCGGACUGAGGUUCCUCCAUUGCUGCUUAUUUUAGAUCGCUGCGAUGAUGCCAUCACCCCAUUGCUAAACCAGUGGACAUACCAAGCCAUGGUCCAUGAACUUCUGGGCAUAAACAACAAUCGGAUUGAUCUUUCCAGAGUGCCAGGGAUCAGUAAAGACUUAAGAGAGGUGGUCCUAUCUGCUGAAAACGAUGAAUUCUAUGCUAAUAACAUGUACCUGAACUUCGCUGAGAUUGGUAGCAAUAUAAAGAAUCUCAUGGAAGACUUUCAGAAGAAGAAACCAAAAGAACAGCAAAAACUAGAAUCAAUAGCAGACAUGAAGGCCUUUGUUGAGAAUUACCCACAGUUCAAGAAGAUGUCUGGGACUGUAUCAAAGCACGUGACAGUUGUUGGAGAGCUGUCUCGGUUGGUCGGUGAGCGGAAUCUGCUGGAGGUUUCGGAGGUUGAACAAGAACUGGCCUGUCAAAAUGACCAUUCUAGUGCUCUCCAGAAUGUAAAGAGGCUCCUGCAGAACCCCAAAGUGACAGAAUGCGAUGCUGCCCGCCUGGUGAUGCUCUACGCGCUGCACUAUGAGCGACACAGCAGCAACAGCCUGCCAGGGCUAAUGAUGGACCUCAGGAAUAAGGGUGUUUCUGAGAAAUAUCGAAAGCUUGUGUCUGCAGUUGUUGAAUACGGUGGUAAACGGGUCAGAGGAAGUGACCUCUUCAGCCCUAAAGAUGCUGUGGCUAUUACCAAACAGUUCCUCAAAGGAUUGAAGGGAAUAGAAAACGUGUAUACUCAGCAUCAACCUUUCCUACAUGAGACCCUGGACCAUCUCAUCAAAGGAAAGCUUAAAGAAAACCUGUACCCUUAUCUAGGCCCCAGCACACUCAGAGACAGACCUCAGGAUAUCAUUGUGUUUGUAAUUGGAGGAGCCACCUAUGAAGAAGCGCUAACAGUUUAUAACCUGAACCGGACCACUCCUGGAGUGAGGAUUGUCCUGGGAGGAACCACAGUGCACAACACGAAAAGUCAAGAAUGUGGGGUCUUGUUGAUACAGAGGAGGAUCUGUAAGUAUAAUUUCAGGAAUGCUACUCCUUUCCUUUAGACUUGCACAGAGUCUGAAGCGGAGCAGAGAUCUCCUAGUGUUUCCCAGCACGUCUGUUUCAUUCUCACCCAAAGUCAUUUUCUGACCUCCAAGCGUCUCUAGUCCAACUGGCCAAAAAGCCAGCCAGAGGUGGUGCCUGCAUUCAAUAGAGAAAUAAAUAAAUUUAGCUUCUGCUCCGUUCCCUCUGCUUCACCAUUGUUUUUCUUUUGCAAACAAGUUUAGAAUUUAAAUCCUCUAAGGUCAGAAUCUUCCAGGUUUAAGACUACAAACCAAUGAUAAUAAUAAGAUACCUGGUCAUUCCUCCAACCUUCCGUCUGCUAUAGAUCUGUCUCCUGAGUGUGAAUCCCACACACUUAAAAAUACUGCCCCAAAACUCGUAUCAUAACGCAGGCUCUCUUGCCAAUGGGUAACGAUUUUAAUUCAUUUCUUCAGCAUACCUUUAUUGAGUACCUACUAGGUGUCAGCCGCUGUGCUAAGCCCUGGAGACCCAAGCCGAGCAAGUCUUAGUUCCACCCCAAGGAGCAACAGUCCCACCCUAUUUUGCUAACGAUACGGAGAGUACCUCGUUCAUAUUAAUACAGUGUUAACAUAGCACGAGGGCCAAGUGAUCAUCAUGAUGGGCACGAUUAGUUCCGCAUGAAGGACUUUGGGAAGGUCUCACAGAAAUGGUGACUUUUGCUCCUCAGCCUUAAAGGAUAAUAAGGAUUUCAUCCGACAGAGAAGGAUAGUCUAUCCUUUUGGACCUGGAUAUAAUAAGAGCAAAAGCAUAAAGGGACGAAAGCUCAUGACAUGUUCCGGGAACAAAGAGGUUGGGCAUGGACAGACGUAGGCCACUCGGUGGGAGAUGGAACCAGACAUGGGGGAUGCUCCCUUCCUUUUUC